AUCUUUAGAGCUAUCCCAGUGCUGGAGGUGGUCCAGAGAAAGGCAGCAACAGAGACUGAGUUCACCAGGCUGACCAGGAGUCUGGGUCUUGGGAGCAUGCCCAGCGCUGGGGGCAAACCUAGUACUGGAUGCUUACCCCACUCUCCUUCCUCCAUAAUGAGCUCUGCAUGGGCCCCCUGGGUGACAGCUCUGCUAGUGAAUCUGAUCAGGCUCAAUUUCUCCAUGACUCAAGACAGAGACUCUCCAGAUUUUGUGAUUCAGGCAAAGGCUGACUGUUAUUUCACCAAUGGGACAGAGAAGGUGAAGUUUGUGGUCAGAUUCAUCUUCAACCUGGAGGAAUACGCACGUUUUGACAGUGAUCUCGGAGUGUUUGUGGCAUUGACAGAGCUGGGGCAGCCUGAUGCUGAGCAGUGGAACAAUCGGCCUGAUAUACUGGAGAGGAGCAGAGCAUCUGUGGAUAUGCUCUGUAGACACAACUACAAUUUGGGGGCCCCCUUCACUGUGGGGAGAAAAGUGCAACCAGAGGUGACAGUGUACCCAGAGAAGACCCCAUUCCUGCAUCAGCACAACCUGCUGCUCUGCUCCGUGACAGGCUUCUAUCCAGGGGACAUACAGAUCAGGUGGUUCCGGAAUGGACAGGAGGAGAGAGCUGGCGUUAUGUCCACUGGUCUUAUUAGGAACGGAGACUGGACCUUUCAGACCACGGUGAUGCUGGAAGUGACUCCUUCACCUGGAGAUGUUUACAGAUGCCUUGUUGAGCACCCCAGUCUGCCCAGCCCUGUUUCUGUGGAGUGGAGAGCUCAACAUGAAUAUUCUUGGAAAAAGAUACUCAGUGGAGUUGGAGCCUUCCUACUUGGGCUAACCAUCCUUCUGGUGGGGAUCAUCAUCCACCUCAGGGCUCGCAAAGGAUCUGUGGAGACUCAGUCUGGUGAUAAGAUCUCAAGAGCUAUUCUACAGAAGCCAUACUCAGGUCCUAAUCAAAGCUUCUCUCCUGAAACCUGAAGUAGUGCUGUGGCUUAGGAAAGGACAUUGGAGAGGUCUGGGAAUGAUUUUGUUCCAUGAUCCUUGGAAUCCUGAAUGGAUUUUGGAGUUUUGUGCUGUGAGAUCAUGCAUCCCCCAACUCUGUCCUUCCUCUCAUUGUGUGCUUUAUUAGUUCCCAUUCCAAACACAUGGUUCAGAAAUUUCCAGAAGACCUAACUCUUUCCAGUCCCAAACUAUGCUUUUCUAUAGCCCAGCCCUAACCCCCACAAUUCCUAAAUCUAUCUUUCAACUGCAGUCUCCACUGUCUUCAGAAGACAGAUGCUCAGUCGCUGUUUCCAUUUACUAUUUUUUUUAAAAAACAGUUAUUGCAAAAUAAAACAGAAAUACAGAUAACCACACAACAUAUAUGAUUUAAUGGAUUAAGGCAGAACCCCUAUAGUCACCAUUCAGGUCAAGAAACAGCACUUUUCCAGCCACUACAAAAGUUUUCAUGUGCCUCAGGACAAUCAAGUUCCUUUCUUCCCAUUUAUGAUGCCCUCUUUCUUGUAGUUAUUUAUAGCCUAUUCACCCAAGUGUGAUUCUUGCACACCACACUUAGUUAUCUUCUAUGCCUAGACCUCAGGUUUCUCCUCCAUCCCAUUCUUUUCAUUAUGAUUAAUUCAUGGAAAAGCUCCGGUUAUUUGACCUGAAGUGUUUCCCACACUCUGGAUUUUGUGCCUGUAUAAACAUGGUGCAGUUUAACAUGCCCCUAUGACUUCUGUAUUUUUUACCAAUUAGCAUCUGGUGCAGAGGUGGAAUUAGACUCUGGUUUGAUCAUUUUGGAAAGCCUGUUGGUGGCUGUGUAAUCUUUUACCAAAAGACAUGUAAUUCUACUUGCAUAAGAAGAGUUUUAUGAUGUUAGCAACCAUUGAUACUAAUUGCCUAGUUCUGUUAAUAUAUUUGGGAUUGCAACAUGGUGAUUUUUCUAGUUUUGUAAUCCCUUCUUUGUUUAUUUACUGUAUAUUAUUUGUUAUUUUCACUGCAUUAUUUGCAUUGUGGGUGCAAAAUCUAUAGUGGGUAAUACUGUUGGUGCCUUAGCUCAGUUGAAGGACUGAUACCAAGCUCUAUAGGUAAGUCUUGUAUUCUUCACUGCCAUGCACUUUCAAACAACAAAUGCCAGUUUUGCUUAAGAAUGGUCUUGAUGAAGCAAUAAAAAUCAUUCAUUUUGCUAAAUCUUAAACCUCAAGUAUGUAUUUUUAAAGUCAGUUUGACAAAAUAGGGAGAUUUCCUGUUGCAUACAGAUGGAAAGGCAGUUGUAUCAUGCUUGAGUUGUGAGUGGAAUUAGCCCCCCCUACCAUUUAAUGGAUCAUAAUUUUUCCUUGAAAGAAUAAUUGAGAAACAGUGUGGUUAUUUAGAUUUGGGCAUUUUGUAUAAGUUUACUCAAAAUCAAACAAAUAGGCCUAUUAUCUGGAGGAAAAUUUCAUUGACAAUAAAAAUUAUAUUUUCAAGAGAAAAUUAAAAAAAUAUAAAAAACUUGUUUGCCACAUUUCUUCUUCUAAAUAUUUCCCUGAUGUUAUUGGUGGUGAUUUGAGCAUACAUGGUUUUGAAAGCAUUGUUUAAUGAAAUGUGUUAACAUUUUAAAGAUCUGCAUAACUCCAUGAACCAAUAAUUUCCAAAUAAUCAAUGCAUGAUGUGGCAAAGUGGAAGGAUACAUGAUCCAUUCAAAGUAUAAGAUAGACCAAUUAAUUUUUAACCCAACAGAAUAUGAUAAGUUCAUUGAUAAGUUUUCAGAUUCUAUUUUGUAACUAACCUGUAAAAUUUUGCUGCUUGCUGAGUUUUAAUGUUGUAGAAGAAUAUCCAUAAUAUCUGAAAAGCUAUUAAAAUUUUUCCUCUUUCUAACUACA